GGGCAGCGCGUGUGGGCCUGUGGGAGGUGGCACGGCCGGGCCCAGCUGUGGGGCGGAGGCGGCGGAGAGGCCUGCGGCGGCAGGGAGCGGCGGUGCCGGGAGCAGGCGCCGGAGCCCAGCCGAGCCGAGCCGAGCCGGAGCGGGCGGCGCAGGCCGGCGCGGCGAGCAGCAACCAUGUCGGUGUUCGGGAAGCUGUUCGGGGCCGGCGGGGGGAAGGCCGGCAAGGGCGGCCCGACCCCCCAGGAGGCCAUCCAGCGGCUGCGGGACACGGAGGAGAUGCUCAGUAAGAAGCAGGAAUUCCUCGAGAAGAAGAUCGAGCAGGAGCUGACGGCCGCCAAGAAACACGGCACCAAAAACAAGCGCGCGGCCCUCCAGGCUCUGAAGCGCAAGAAGCGGUACGAGAAACAGCUGGCCCAGAUUGACGGCACGCUGUCAACCAUCGAGUUCCAGCGGGAGGCCCUCGAGAAUGCCAACACCAACACGGAGGUGCUGAAGAACAUGGGCUAUGCCGCCAAGGCCAUGAAGGCUGCUCAUGACAACAUGGACAUCGAUAAAGUUGAUGAGUUAAUGCAGGACAUUGCUGACCAGCAAGAACUCGCAGAAGAGAUUUCAACAGCUAUUUCAAAACCCGUAGGCUUUGGAGAAGAGUUCGAUGAGGAUGAACUCAUGGCUGAACUAGAAGAAUUGGAACAGGAAGAGCUAGACAAGAAUUUGCUGGAAAUCAGCGGACCCGAAACAGUCCCUCUACCAAAUGUCCCUUCCGUAACACUACCGUCCAAACCCGCCAAGAAGAAGGAAGAGGAAGACGACGACAUGAAGGAAUUGGAGUCCUGGGCCGGAAGCAUUUAGCCGGUCCCCUGCAGGCUGGGCCCAGACGGACUGUGGCGCGUGCAGGGCAGGCAGGCCGUGGUGCGGGCAGGUUCCAUCGCUCAGUCUCCCUCCGAAGCAAGGGCCACAUCACUGCUCCCUCUCUGCAUAGCAUGGUCUGCACCCAGCGGGGCGGGGGGCGGGGGGUGGGCGGGGGGGAGGUGCCUGCUGUUUAUAAUGUUGAAUUUCUGUAAAAUAAACUGUAUUUGCAAAUCCAACAUUGAGCUUCCGGACUACGCUAACUCCACUGCUGAGCCUCAAUGGAAAGGGUCGACCGUCUGCAGUUUAAAUGACCUGAAAAUGUAGCCUCUGUCCUUUUAAAUCAGUUGACUUGUCGCACAUCUCCUUGUAAGACUGUACGGUACUGGCAGAAAAGUCAUUUUUUUAAAAGCCAUAGGCUUUUCCUUGUCUUUAGCUGUAAUAAUGCAUCGGAUUUGGGUUUCUCUGAGCGCUGUAUCUCUGUCUCUCACCUGUGUACUGGCCCCCACGUUGCCCACUCUGGCCCACUCCUCACUCCUGUCCCCCCACCCACCCACCCCACCCUGGUCUUUUGGAGUUUGUGACUGAUUUGAAAUGGAUGAUGUUCUCUUGAGAGCAAGUGAGAUUGUUAGAAUUAAAUUCCAACGAUCCAUUUUUCUAACAUAGCUCUAAGGUCCUUGUUGCUGUUUGUGAUAACUGAUAGAUAACUCAUUGAAAACAUGUGCAUACAUUUAUAUUCAGAUGAAAUGAUGGUUUGCACUGUCUAUUAAAUAUCUCGAUUAAUUUUCA